CAGGAAGCGGGGGCCGGGGCCCGAGCGCGCUCGCAGAGCAGCAGGGGCUGGAGCCGGCUGCCGGGGCGCGUCCCGAGCCGGGCAUGGCGCCGCCGGAGGAGACCCGAGCGCGGCUGGAGCGGGCCGGCCAGUCCCACCUGCUGCGCUUCUGGGCCGAGCUGGGGCCGGGCGAGCGCGCCGCGCUGCUGGCGGCCCUGGCGCUGCCGGGGGCGGGGGAGCUGGGCGAGCACUGCCGGCGGGCGGCGGAGGCUGGCGCUCGGGAGCCGGGGCCCCUGGAGCGCUCGGGCCGCCGGAUGGAGCCCGUCCCUGCCGAGCUCCUGGGCAGCGUCCGCCGCAGCGAGCCGGCCACGCUGGCACAAUGGGAAGCGGAAGGUUUCCGUCAGAUCUCACAGAACAAAGUGGCAGUGCUGCUCCUGGCUGGAGGGCAAGGAACCCGCCUGGGCGUGGCCUAUCCCAAGGGGAUGUACAGCGUGGGGCUGCCCAGUGGUAAGACCCUGUAUCAGAUCCAGGCAGAAAGAAUCCGCAAACUGGAGCAGCUUGCCAGCAAGAAAUACAGCACCACGUGUACCAUCCCAUGGUACAUCAUGACAAGCGAGUUCACUCUGGGGCCAACAGAGAAGUUCUUCACAGAACACGAUUACUUUAACCUGGAUAAGACCAAUGUGAUCAUGUUUGAACAGAGGAUGCUGCCAGCUGUAACGUUUGAUGGGAAAGCCAUCUUGGAACAGAAGGGGAAAGUUGCCGUGGCACCAGAUGGCAAUGGAGGCUUAUAUCGUGCUCUAGUGGACAACAAGAUCUUGGGUGACAUGAAGCGACGCGAUAUCCAGUAUAUCCAUGUGUACUGUGUGGACAAUAUCCUCGUCAAAAUGGCCGAUCCAGUUUUCAUCGGCUUCUGUGUGUCUAAAGGGGCAGACUGCGGUGCUAAGGUGGUGGAGAAGGCCUAUCCCACAGAGCCUGUUGGGGUAGUGUGCCGUGUGGACGGGGUCUAUCAGGUGGUGGAAUACAGCGAGAUCAGCCUAGAGACAGCACAGAUGCGGAGUCCUGGUGGGCAGUUGGUGUACAGUGCCGGCAAUAUCUGCAAUCACUUCUUCACGCUUGGCUUCCUCGAGACAGUGGCACAGAAAUUUGAGCCUCAGCUGAAGCAGCAUGUAGCCAUAAAGAAGGUGCCCUACGUCGACGAGGAGGGAAAUCUGGUAAAGCCGUUAAAGCCAAACGGGAUAAAGCUGGAGAAGUUUGUGUUUGAUGUGUUCCAGUUCUCUAAGAAUUUUGUUGCAUUUGAAGUUUUGAGGGAAGAGGAGUUCUCCCCAUUAAAAAAUGCAGACACGGCUGACACAGACACUCCGACCACAGCUCGGCGGUCCCUCCUUUCUCAGCAUUACCGCUGGGCUCUGAAGGCUGGAGCCAGAUUCCUGGAUGAAAAUGGCAGCAGGAUACCAGACAAACUCAAUUUGUCAGGAACUGAAGAUCCUCCUGCUGUGUGUGAGAUUUCUCCAUUAGUGUCUUAUUUUGGAGAGGGUCUGGAUGCACACAUGAAGAGCAAAGACUUCUAUUCGCCCUUUAUACUUGAUGAAAGCAAAACAGAAAUGCUAGAAGAUGCUUGAAUGAAGAAAAAAAUAAAAAUCUGGCCAUCAGCUCUAUGCUGGAAACAGACACUGCUAAACCGUUGGCUUUGUUAUUAAUGAUGGAGAUAAUUGAUUGGGUAACAAUUAUGCUGACAAAUAUAUAGACACAUACUCCAAUUCUGUUUGCUAACUUUGAAGGCAGCAUCUUUACAUACUUGUAGGUUCAGGUAUGAAUGAAGUUAUAUUUGUGAUCCCAGUUACUAACCAGAUUUUAUUUUAGAAGAGCCAUUGGGACCAAAUCCAUCUGCUUUGCAGUUUAACGGGUCUAAUUCUCCUCCUCCUACGUCUUAUUCCCACUGACAUUAUUGGGAGUUGUGUGUGAAUAUGAAGAAGCUUAUUCUGAUCCCCAAUUCUGUAAAGUGCUGACCACGCUCAAGUCCCAUUCCACCUUGCAGGAUUUGGGCCCUUUCUCCUGAAUAUCUGGUGGUUGUUUUUUUUAUCUAAUCCUACAAAGAUCCCAAUUCUGCAAUCGUUGCUGAUGAAUGGUGCUCAUUCAGGGAGCCAAAUGCAUAGAAUUGGGGCUUACUUCGUUGGAGCUCUUGGUGUGAAGAAGUGUUUCUUAACAGAAGGGUUGCAGAAUUGGGAAUAAAAGGCUUGCAUGUCCAGGAGUUACCUCACCAACAAAAUAUGAAAGAGAUAUCCAGGUUAGAGGGAUUAUGCUUGGCAAAGUGUGACAUUUAUAGGUUGUGACCUAGUCUUUAAAAAUCAGUAUAAAAAUGUUUUUACAAGAUCCUUCCACUUCUUUUGUGAACUUUUUUUCAUUUUGCUUUAUAGCAUAUCUCUAAUGUUUGGACUUUAUCUAAGUGCCUUAAAACAAUAAUUUGAACAAAUCCAAGUGGUAGAGAAAACUGUUAAAUCCAAAUGGCAAGAACUAUUAUAUUUACUCCCAGUAUAAACUAUGUAAGCAAUAAAACAGCAAUAAUAUGCCUUCACAACCUAGUGGAAGGAUACAUGUCCAGUACUCCUGCCUCCCUUGAAGUGUUGUAUUACUCUUGUUGUCAUAACUUCCUUCUUAAAGUUAUCUUUAAAUAAUGUUUAGUGAGAAGUGCAAGAUUGAGAACCUGGGUUAUUAAUUAACAGAGCAUGUGUAGCAAACUGCACCUCAAUCCUGACCUAGGAGAAGCACCUGUAAGGAUGAGGUGGAAGCGGCUUCUUCUUGGAGUCUUUGGCACUGUUGUGCUUUGUGAUGUGGAAUACCAAUCCAUUGAAAUCUGCACUGACAUUACCAAAGUCAUUUCAUAGUUAUAAAAAUAUACUGAGUAUAUUGACCAAAUACUACAUUUGCAGAUGCAGUUUUACAGGUAUCUUCACAGUCGGAAAUGUUGUCACCCAGAGUCCUUUCCCCCCAGCCCCAAUAACAGCCAUUUUAUAAAGCUAAAGAAGGCAAUUGGGGAUUAUAUUUCAUUUGGAUUCUGAUAUUUCAGCUGCCCCAACCAUGAAAUUGCUGAACUUGUUAUUAAACGUAAACCUUUUUUUAUAAACUAAGAGUUAGUGAUUUUUUUAAACCCCUGCCUCUGAACUGUACCCAGAAUUUUGGUGAAAUAUAAAAAUAGCCUGUAGCAUGAUUGUAAUUUAUGGACUGGGCCCAUAAUUUCUUAAGAAAAUGCAUAUGUGCAAAUCUGGCAGUCUAAAUUUAGAUUCUAUCUGCACAUAUGAGUUGCAAAUGGCCAUUUGCACAUGCAGAUCACUAAUUGCAUCCCUAAUUACUUCAUUAGCAUGUGUAAUUGGUACCUUAAAGAUUGAUUGUAAAUUAAGCACUUGCCUUUGACAGUUUGACAGUCUAUAACCUAAAUUGCAGGAUUUUCCUGAGGUAAUUCGAUUUCAGUCAGUCAAGUUACUGAAUGAUAGCUGAAGACAAAUCACACAGUAUCUCUGUGACUGAUGCUUGUUAAAUCAGGCACGGUUUAUUUUAAACUACACUGUGCUCGAAGGAUACCUUUUUCCUGCAGAGUGCCUCUGCCAAAUGAAUACAUUUUCUUCAGAGCCUGAAGUAUAGUUCAGCCCAACACACUUUCAUCCCAUGAACAUGUAGCUGCUGAUACGGGUUUUUAUACUGUGUUUUCAAAUAGGAGCUGAAUGAGAAUGCUGAAUGUUCUUUUCUUGGCUCCUUGUGUCUUAAACUGGAAUGUUAAAACAGAUUUGAAGGGAACUUCUUAAAUACUAAUUAUGUGCAUCUGUCAUGUAUUGGGUUAAAAUAAUUCUAGCAUUUAUGAUGAAUGACACUUUUUACAAAACAAAGGGAGAUCACUUUUUUAUGUCUCCCAAAGUUUUCUUGACUACAGUUAUAUAAUUAAGAUAUUGCUAUGACUUCUAGUAGGUUUUCAUCUGUAUUUCUUGCAUGUGGGUCAUACUCUGGUAUUUUGUCCCUGGAUAUCAUGAAUGUUGCCACUGCUGCUGUGGAAUACAAGCAUAGUAUUAUUGAUGAUCUGUUUUAAAGAUACCGGCAUCGCGCACUUUCUUCCAAGAUUAUGACAAUAACCCAGAAAUGGAGCACAAUAGACAAAGUUUGACAUUAUGGGGGAUGUAUUUUUGAGCAGAAUGCUUUUUCAUAGGUUCAAUUUUUCAGACUUAUCAGCUCUAAUUUAAAGAAGGAUAACAGGCUAAGUGGGAUGGAGUUAAAUUAGGGUCUAAAAUAGGUGGUGUGCCUCUUGAUAACAUACAGUUGAGCUCUAAAUUCAGUUUCAUAGCUGUUGUUUAUAUAGAAAUUUACACCAAGGUGAUAAGUGGAAUAAUACUUCUACUCUAACAUCACACAUUAGCAAUCACUUUUAAAAGGGGUCCUAUUUAUGGAACAAUCUACAGGAAAAUACUAGUGACUCUUCACAAAUGGCAGAUUGGUGAUGUCUCUGCUGGUUUGCUGGGUUCUAGUAUUUUAAUAAUCCAAAGAGGAUCGUUGUACAUCCUCCCAUUCCCUCCUCCACCCAUCAGGAUGAGUUUUCAAAACAAGCUGAAUUUUUAAACUGCGUGAAUUGAUGAUUUAUUGCCAAAGGAAAAUAAACACCUGGAAACUAUACCAAA